AUGUCUACCACACAUGCCUACUACCCGUCUUAUCCCUCCACAUCGUACCCUAUCAGCGUUCCACAGAAGCCCGGUUACUACUACCCACCUCAACAACAUUACGGUCGCAUAUCAGCAUCGCCACCAGAAGCCCCAGACAGCACAACGACUUCAGGCGUGCCUUCCUACGAAGUUUCCGCAAGUUCCAGUCAAUAUGCCGGCAGCCACAGCGACUAUGACUCGAGCAGCGGCGCCGCCAGUGUGGAUCUACUUGACUACAUGGGCAACCGCUUGAACGGAUCAUUUGACCCUCUGCCGUUAGAUCGAAGUUUGGCAAAGCAAGCACAAACAUCCGGAGAAUUGAACGCCAAGCACCGCGAACUGCUCGAACUGCAAGCAUUGGCUCAGCGAAGAUUAGCUGGCGCACAAGCGAGCUUCGCAUCUGGUAUGCGGGCAGCGAAAGAGGUGCAGAAAGAUCUGCAGUGGACGCAGAAGCGCGUUGAUUCACUCAACGACCGCGCAGCAAGAAAAUACCCGGACCAAUACCGAGCUGCUCAAAGACGAUACCCAGCACCUGUCGACUACUAG